AUGCCGCCAACACCACGACACCGCUACCACUCAGUCCGUGGUCUGCCAAGUCGUCCAGGGCAACGCCAGGAGCAGCGGUAUGCGAAGAAAGAAGAACCACGGCAUGCCGGCAAGAAGAGGAGCGCCACAGCAAGUCUGUCCUCCACUGUCGCGUCCACUGCACGUGAAGAGGCGCUGCGCGAGGCCCUCGCCAAAGCCCUCAGCCACGGUGGUGUCGAGGGCGGUGCCGCAUCGGCCCCCGAAAAGAGUGUGGACACGUACGGGAACGGCUCCCCGACGGACCGCCUCCAAUUUGGCUACAGCCCCUCCAUCGCCGCAGAGGCCGUCGCCUUUCACGCGCGCUUUGCGAAGGAGGCGUGGGUGGCCGCCCGCAAGCGCAACGGCCGUGUCGUGUUUGUGAAGAGGCAGAAGCUCGACGCCACUAACUGCGAGCCCAUCACCUCGAUUCUGAAGCUGCAGAGUCACUGGAAGCAACUCAAUGCCUUUCAGGACGACGCACGAGACGGCGCCGGUAGAAAGAUGAAGGCGGAGGACCUCGACAAGCUCAUCGACAUGUUGGCCUCGAAGCAGCGCAUCGGUGACAACGAGGACGAAGCGUAG